AUGUCCACCCGCGGGCAGUUCAACACAAAGAACCCGACUAUCAAGCGCAUAUUAAAGGAAGCGUCGGAACUGUCGGUAUCGCCCUCCUCAGACUACCACGCCGAACCUCUAGAAACCAACCUCUUCGAAUGGCACUUCACAAUCCGCGGCCCGCCAGAGCCAUCACCCUACGCCGGCGGUAUCUACCACGGCCGCAUAGUCCUGCCAUCGACGUAUCCUCUCCGCCCGCCAUCCUUCCGCUUCCUUACACCCACUGGCCGCUUUGAAGUCAACCGCGAAAUCUGUCUAAGCAUAUCGGGUCAUCACGAAGAAACAUGGCAACCGGCUUGGGGCGUGCGCACAGCCCUCGUCGCGAUAAGGAGCUUCAUGGACACGGAUGCUAAGGGCCAGCUCGGCGGCAUCGAAUGCAGCAGAGAAGCACGCGAGCGCAUGGCCAAGGACAGCGGCGCGUGGAAAUGUGCCGGCUGUGCCAAGAGCAAUGCUGACAUCAUGCAAGAGCGCGAGGAGCUCGUCAAGGAGAUUGAGGAGAAGGAAGGCAAACGGAAAGACGAUGAAGUCCCCGAAGAGCUGAGACUUGCCUAUCGCGACGAGCUGGGUAAGGAAGGCCAGGACGACAAGCCGGUGGACAAGGGCAAGCAAAGGGCAGUAGAGAGUCCUGCUGAAGUCGCGUCGCCUGCUGCGCCAUCAGUACCUACCGCUACAGUACCAGUCACAACCCAAACGCGACCCACCCCUGCUGUACCUACGGCUAGACCGACAAGGACGAGACCCGCACCUCCGCUCCAACAGGUCGCCCAACGUAGUCCCGACCUGGCUUGGAUCGAUACUUGCAUUUACGGAGUAGUGGCCGCGUUAUUGUUCAUGGUGCUCAAGAGAGACGAGAUCAUCUUCAAUGGAGAGAAGUUCCCUGAGUUACCCACCAGUGCUGGUGCCCUCCUCCAGAUUGUGGCGAUACAUGCAGACCACACUGUUCGAGACUUUCACACAGGAUCCAAGAGUCAGUCGCAAGAUGCGACACACUUCAAAGCCGAUGCACUGCACAAGGAUUCCAAUAUAGAUAACCAUCCGAAAAGAAAUCGUCGGGAUUCGAUAACGAUUACGAUUGAUGAGAAUGGCUCGACCAUUCCCGGUGGUCGCGAAAUCGAUGCGGAAAAAGCCUAUGUUUUCGUUCCUAAACCGCUUCCUGCAGACUUGAAGACAAAAUAUCUAAACCUACAAGUUUCCAUAUCAGAGAGAAUCGCGAAGGUGUUCGGGUUCCGCAAUAGGAUGCAGGUUGUAGUGACCGAAGCGGAUGAAGAUGCUCACGAAGCCCAUCACGUAGAGAUCGUGUUCCGUGACGAAUACCUAGCACGCGCGGAUAUGUGGCGCAUGGCCAUUGCCGAGCUCAGCAAGCGUACCGUCUACCGUGGCCAACGACUACUAUUCAUGGGUACCAUCAAGGCCACGAUAAAACACAUUUAUAUCAAUGGUCAGUCUGUCCAUUCCGGGUACUUCUCGCCGAAAUCGAAGCCCAUCUUUCGCAGCGAAUCUGCACGAUACACGUUGUUCAUCCAAAUGUCUAGAGAGAUGUGGGAUUUCGAUACCGAAGGCGCUGGCGAGAUAAUGUUCAACAAGGUUGUCAGUGGAUUCCUUCCAGACCUCUUCAAGAGAUGGCUGAGGAUCAAUGCGCGACACUUGGUCACCAUCAUACUGUUUACGAGGAUGCAAUAUGACGGAGAGCUCUUGGCAGAUCAGCCCGAGGGGACGACGAGCAACAUGUCCUCGGAGUCGCAUUCCGGCACUUUUAGAGAUUACUACAGAGUUGUCGUGAGCGACAUGGCCAGUGGUGAUUGGAUUAACAUCCUGUAUCAGCUCAAAAAAGAGUUCAGGAUGUUUCUCCGAGAAGUAUCUCUGGUCCGGAAACCAGUAAAACCUGCUUCUGAGAUUGAGGAGUCAACCUCUGAAGACACCGCUACUGAUAUUGUCAUAGCUGGUCGACCCUCUUCUGCAAGCCAGGGUAAUAUCCUGGAAGCCAUCAAUCUGGCUGCAGCCCAAUUCGCGAAGGAUUACAUCGAUCGAGACCUUGUUCGAACGGGUAUCUCGGUCAUCGUUGUUACUCCAGGUACUGGCGUCUUCGAAGUCGACUACAACAUGCUCAAGCUUACUACGGAUACUCUUAUUGGAUCAGGUAUCGGUAUUGACCUCGUGUGCCUCUCGCCGAUGCCUCUCCAUUCCGUACCCUUGUUCAAGUACCAGACACCUCGCUCAGUUUCCGAUAUGAAGGCUGAGCACGACAAGGAGUGCCACGGGGCCGCGAGUAUGUCGCGCACAGAAGAAGAUCAAACUCCACGUCAAAGCCAACCGGAUUUCGGCUCCAUGUCACGCGCAUCCACAGUCCGACGCAUACCGACAGACAACUCCCUCGACUCGUCAGACGGAUGGAGGUUCGCAAUGCCGUAUUGGGUGGACGUCUCCUUCUGGUCCGGAACAUCCGAAGAGAUACUGGAACUCACAAAGCCACGAAAGGCUGACAAGAUCGUGAAAAAGUCGCGCAAGAAGGGCCGUAUCUUUUCUCUACGUUGUCGUUUGUAUGAGCUGCAAAUGAUGGGCGUUAUGGAGAAUGAGCUGGGCGACAUUGCGAUUCCCUACCUAGAAGAAGAUCCAAUGUACCCGCAUCAUCUGCGCGAAUUGUUCAAGACCAACGAAGAGGGCGUACGAAACGCGCAAGCAGUCAAGCCUUCCCCAGCUGCAGCGGGCUCAUAUUCUUCGCGGGGUGACAAAGAAUACACCGACGACCAGCUGGACGAAACAAGAGCUGCUCAGAAGGCCUGGAUGGAGGCAUACGAUGGCGGGGUCUUUUCUCCUCUUAUGGAAAGACACUCUACGUUGAACCAGCUCCAGGUUCAGAAGCGAAGGCUAAGCGACGCCAUCACAAGUGGAUCCCCGGAGCUAUCGCGAAGUCUGCGUCUAUCUUCCUCUUUCCGCAGCACUGCCCCGUCACUUGGACAGUCAGCUCGGCCUCCGCCAGAAACAAGUUUUCCGCAACUCAUGCAUGAGAGAUCUAAAGAGCUUGAAAGCCAAUCUCCUCGAGGAAGUACAUACCGGAUGCCUGAUUUCAAAGGCGACGGGUUGCCACGAGCCGAUAUACUGCGGCGGCAGAACAACAUGACCAAGGGCGUCAUUGGAACUGAUCGCCCAGUGGCACAUAAGAGAAGUGGCUCCGGAGAUUCCCAAGAUCAUCGUAGAGUUAUGCACGCGAAGCCAAACAAUUCCCCGGCUCCGAGUCGGAGGUCAUCUCCUCCAAGGCGAGCCGGACUCUUGCCUACGACUAGUGCUGGGACUGCCGCAACAACCCAGCCGGAACUGAAAAGUAGACCAUCAAAUUGGUUCUUGAGGCAGAUGAGCUUUGGUGGAAAAGCUACGCCAGCUAAACCGACUCUUGGGGAUGCCACCAUAGACAUCAGUCAGGGUAAAGUGAAACCUGCAAUGCUAACUGUUGAAAAGAAUCAAAAGGGUGCUAUCGCUGAAAGACUGGCAAGCACUCGCAACACUUCUGCAGGUAAGCCAUCACAGCCGAUUGCAAUUAAACCUGCAUCGCGAGCAGGUCCCACCUCGGCUGAGUCACUGGCCUCCAACCGAGCAAGCCGAUCGAUCGAGACGGUUAGGGGUGCGCAAUCCGACCGAUCUAACGUCCCUUCGCAACCUGGUUCAGUUGUGAGAGAUCCUGGAUCUACAUUCUUACUUGCAGGAGCGAGAGGGGCAGGCGAGCACGUUGGACUAAAGCCGGACUUGUCUUCUAGUGCAGGCGCUAGAGAUGCUCCACGUACUCUGUCGCCAACAAGUGCGAUCGCCCCUUGGGCAGUCCUGGUCAAUCCUUGCAACCCGAAGAAAAACGUCAUAAGUUCCAAAAACCAAUAUCGGCCAACGCAAUACAACGAAAGCCCAUAUAAGAUUACGCAAAACGAGGAUGACGACAUUCUGGAAGCACCAAAGAGCCGAGAGUCUCUCAUCAAAGAGUUGAUUGCCUUUCGCCUCUCGCACGGAUUUCAGAUCAUUGUCGGCUCUUCCGUAGCUGAGUUUUCUGGGCGACAAGAAAAGUCUCUCGCUAGCAUUCUCGAUCCUGAAUACAUGUCCAGUGAUGGAGACACUGUGUUCAUGAGCGUCGGAAACAAUAUCCACCAGCUGGUAUGUGUAGCCGGAGGAGAGGUGGAGGUAAGAAGAUACAACAGGAAACCUACCACGGCCUUGGAGUCAUCUGCUGGUAUUGAUACGCCCUUUCCAUAUAAGCCUUUCAUCCGCACUGCGUUUGAGGAUACCUAUGAUCCUAGAGAAAUUGUGCUGCGUCCACCACGGAGGGAAUACAACUGGAACAUCAUUGAUACCUUCUUGGCCGGCUAUCACGAUGAGUUUUCCGAAGUCCUGCGCUUUUGGCGAGCUCGAUUCGUGCUCAUACCAGUCGACAUACCAGCUAUGCAUCGCAGGCCGUUGCCUGUGCAAGACUCACCCGAAGAGAUACGUCUCGAGGGCAUUCGUAAGCUUACCCAGCUAUGGCAGAAGUUUCGCUAUAUUCCCCCGGAAGAGCGCUACUUCCAGCCAGCAUCCGUCUUGAAGCAAAAGGACCCAAAUCCGCUUGCGAUUGAGUAUCACACACGCGAUCCUUCGGCGGUUGUCGCGGCCGGUCCAGACCACUCUUUACUGAAUGAUACCGACAGCGAAUUCCAGACUUCCAUCUUCUCGGAUGCGGAAAAGUAUCACACAUCCAGUAUAGAUCUCAAGAAACUUGCGGAAGACCUCCAGGGCGAAAAAGGAAUUCAAAUGCUUGAUCGUCGGUGGCAUCUGAAGUUGCACUACAAUUGUUUCUUGGGGUUUGAUCUUACCAACUGGCUACUUUCCAACUUCAAGGAUAUCGAAACCCGAGACGAGGCAGUGGAAUUCGGUAACGAGCUGAUGAAGAAAGGACUCUUCCAGCACGUACAAGGGCGGCAUCAAUUCCGAGAUGGCAACUUCUUCUUCCAGAUUGCAGCAGAGUACAGGGCGCCGCGAGCCGAAUCUCGAACAGGGUGGUUUGGCAUGAGGAAGACAGACAAGUCUGUUCCUUCUACCCCACUUGCGGAGGCGCCUCGGACGUCGCCCCUGAUAUCGAAAAACAUCAAGUCCCGUCCCGGUACCGCGGAUUCUUCAUCCAACAGCUCAGGUUCACUCAAAGAGGGGGAAAAGACCCCAACGCGCGGUGAACCGCAUAAGCGAAAAGUCAUCAUGUCACGCGUCAUGCGCUAUGAUGUCGAUCCCAGAAAGCGUUCGUAUCGGCCUGAAAUCAUUUCACUACACUACGACCGAUUGCACAAUCCCGACAAUUGUUAUCAUAUCCGCAUUGACUGGAUGAACGUCACGGCGAAACUCAUUGAGGAUGCUAUCGUCACCUGGGCUACGAGUGUGGAGAAGUACGGCCUGAAGCUGGUAGAGGUACCCAUCGCUGAGGUAGCGGAUAUUAUCGACCAUCAUCCUUUCCGUUCGCCCUAUGCAGUCAAACUUGCAUUACAGCCUCCCCAGGUCCAGCCUGAGGCAGUAUGGGACUCAACGAGCUUUUCCCCCCAGUACCCCAAAGCUGACAAGUUUGCUUAUCAUAAGCUUCUACUGCGGAGGCUGAACUUUGUUCUGGACAUGGAGGCUGCGAGUGCCUUUCCGCCCGACGUUGAAGUCACUUAUUCUUGGGGCACACCCGACUACAAAUACACGCAGUUCAUACAUAAGAGUGGAGGCUUACUCGCUCAGAUCACUGACGAUGGGAACUUCCUCCUGCUAGCCAACAGGCUUGCGCAUAAUCGUGCCAAAGACAACGGUAGGAUACGACCUGUAGAUCCUUAUGAACACAAGAAAGCCACUACAGAUGGAAGUCAAAGCAGCCGUCUACCCUCGACACCCGCGGUAGAGCGUGGAAACCCGCAUCGUAGUCCGUUUGCAAGUCCUUUAGCACGGCCAGUCCAAGACGCCAGUCUCCUCCACACCGCGCUCACGUUUCACGAUCCCAAAUCAUCAGCAGCGACUACUCCAGCAUCUGCAUCUAAUAUAUCGCUUUCUCCCGAGCAAGUCAAAGAUGAAGUAGAAGCCUUUUGCUCGAACGCCUCACUCCUCUCCAGCUUUUACGCUGACGCUUUCCGCCACGCGCCAUCUCCUUCUCCACGAAUCUUGCCUGUAGGAGAAGACAAGAUACCAAGCUUGGGGCUGCCACCAGCAAUUAGUAUUAGGGAUGCUAGUCCGGCGGCAGGAGGCUGGACCCUGAGUAGUACGUUUGGAGGACCUAGUGGCAUAGCUGGUCGCAGACAGGGCAGCGAGGGAAGCAUGUACAAUAUGGGGAAGAGAGGAAGUGUAGUCGACGGCAUGGAUAGAGCACCGAGGCGACAAGAUAGCCAGGGAAGUGCUGGAGCCGGAGUAUAA